AUUAUCCACUUAAUUUAUUAUAACAUUAAACAAUAUUAUAAUUUUAAUAAAUUAAUUGAUUAAAAGUGCAUCUAAAAUAAUAAAUUGUGCUAGUAGAAUGCGCAAAGAGGUUGCACGAUUCCGCGCAUGCGUAAAGAGGUUGCACGAUUCCGCGCGUGCGUGAAAAGGUUGCGCGAUUCCGCGCAUGCGUAAAGAGGUUGCAUGAUUCCGCGCAUGCGCAAAAGUUCUCACGUAAAUGCGCAGUACAGAAAUUGCAUAGGACAUACAAUAAUCGUUAAUUACACGUUUGUUGUUAUUAAAAACGGAACUUUCAUAAUUUAUUCUUGAAAAGCAAUGCCUCAAGAAUUUUCUAUUUGCGUAUAUUUUCCUCUUGUGUACAUUUUACUUGUAAUUACUGAGUAAUUAAUGAUUGUUGUAACAAUUGUGUAUUCACUGAACUCAUAAAAUACCCAUUGAAUUUUCAUUAAUUGUACGGUACAUAGCAACAAUUUAUAACACUUUAUAAUUGUAUCGUAAAGAGAAAGGUUCAAACUACGUCCUUUAAUGGUUUAUAGUAACAUUUAAUUUGUUAGUAGCAAAUAAAUAUUGAUUAUUCUAACCAUAAUAUCACCCCGUACCGACGUAUGGAUAUUCCCGCAUUUUUAUUAAUUUCUCAAGUUUAAGGAUUAUUCUGUGAACUUUUAUAAUUAUAUUAGAGAGAGUAAGCUUUACGCAGUUUUCUCAUACCAAUUUUACAGAAUUUAUGCCAUCUUAGCUCUCGGAACUUGCAUCCGAUAGCUAGAGAACAUGAAAGUAGUAGAGCUAUACUAUGUACAUGCAGGGGAAAAUCAUUAAUAAUUCAUUUUCUAGCAAUGCUCAUAGCACCUUUCAUAUACAGAUUUUGUAAGAAACCAGCCAGUAAUUAAUUAAUUAUAACAAUGGGAAGAUCAACUGCUCAAUGUACCUUUAUUUCGUGUAGAGAUUUUUCAUAAUUUUCUGCUUACCGGUGAUUAAUUUCCGUAUUUCAAUGAUCAAAGAAUAAAGAACUGAGUCGUAGCCUUCUUCUAGUGUAAGUUUUAUGAACCUCCUACCAGUAUUUAAUAAGUUAUUAACAAUUUUUGGAAUGAUCAUUUCUUUAAGUUCAAGCCGCUGUUCCUAUAGUUGGUCAUAAUUAAUUAACUACUGGCUGGAUCCUUACAAGACUUAUAUGUGAAAGUAGUUACAAGCGUGUAGUUUAAUAAUCAGUCAUAAAAGUGCAUAAAAUAUUCCUAUAAAAUGAGUUAUUAAUGAUUUUUCCCUGCACGUGCAUAGCAUACCUCUUGGCAUACCUACUUCUUUUCCUGUUCUCCUAUUAGAAAUAGUUAGAUCGAAUCCCAUCCGCUAGAUGGCGCUAAUCAAACUGUUUUACGAGCGCGAAAUACAAUUGUCAAUAUUUGAUAUAGAAUUAUAAUCACAUAAGUUUGUAGAAUUUAAAUUUGCAAAUAACUCUAGUGUUAAUGUAGCAAGAUAUUUAUAAAAACUAUGUACUACAAUGUAUAGACGUGUAUGUUUAGAAAUUUGCCCUAUGUCUAAACAUAACAACGAUCUUUGAAAGACGUUCAAAGGUAAUCAUUUCUCAGUCAACUUGUUUUGAUUAUCUUUCCAGUAGACCUGUUAUAUAUUGAAAUACAUAGAGAAUGAAUGAUUCCAGUUAUUUCAAACCAACCUUCAGUUGGGAGGAUUCACAGCUAUCAGAAAACCUGAACGAUGCAAUACUUUUAUCCAGUAACGAAGAAAUUUUAUCAAAAUCGAACGACGAUAUUUUUUAUGACACAACGGAAUUUUCUUUUUCAUCGGACAACAAUUUAAAAGCAACUGAUAUAUCAAAUAUAAGUGAGGCAGAAGGAUACAAGAGUUGCUCAGAUUUAUCAGUAAGCACUGAUAGCACAAGUAUGCUUUCCUUGCCUUGUCCAAAGUCCAAUUUCAAGGACAAUAAUGUCCUUGCAUUGUCACAGAAUUCAAAUAAUUUAAAAGAUCAACAAAACGUAAAAAUAUAUGAAAUAGAUAAAAAUGUUCCGUUAAGAGUAGAAUUAAAACGUAUGUUCAAUGAAAUUUUAGGGAAACAUAUGAAAGAAUUAAGUACCUCUUGUUCAACUAAUGAAUCAGACAAUUCAGUUGAAAUAAACGAUAAUGAUCCAUUAUAUCAAUUGUCAAAAGAUGAUGAUCUUUGUCCAACAUCUGAGAAUAUAAAAGAUUCUAAUAUGGACAAUAUGUUGUCUUUGCAUGAUACAUCAAUCCAUGUGUUAAACAAAUGGUGUUCUAGGGAUUUAGAAACUAUUUUGGAACACUCCAAUGAAAGCAGCAAUACAUCAUUCCAGCAGAGCACCUCAAACUGGUCUGGGAAAUGUAUGAGUGAACUAAAAAAUUUGUCUUUCCAAAAAAUAAGCAAACAUUGGAUACAUGAUAAAAUAUUUAUUACCAGUGAUAUUGGUGAUAGUAUAUCCAGUGAAACUAAUACCUCUACUGGCAUUGAAGUGAUAAGCAAGGAAAUCUUUAGGGAACUGAAUGAUUUAAAAGAGAAUGAUUCAUUUAAUUCCACUUGCCACAAUGAGAAUUCACUUCAUCCUAAUGAGAAAAUGAUUAUUACCAACAAUAUAAAUAAUGAAGAAUAUAACUUAUUUAAGCAUAAAGUACCUUCUAUACUAAUUACUCCAGCAACCCCGAUCUAAGUUAUU